AAGAAGGACACUUUAUUUAAAAUGUGUUUAUUUAAAGGCUGAACUCGUUACGUUCCACACGCCCUGGCCGCUUCAGUUCACUCAUAUUUUAUCUGUCAGUACAAAUAUCGAGCCGUUCCAUCGGUUUUGGCAAGGGUUCCUGUGGCUGAGCUGAGUGAGAUGAGCCAUCCUGGUGCCUUAACUUGUCCUAAGGCAGGGAUAAAUAAGAUGCUGUUAAUUUAACCACAGGAAAUUUGAAGCCGUCUCUGCCUCACAAUGUGUGAAGUGACUACAGAAUUGUUCAAGGAGGUGAUGAAAGAAGACUCAUCCUCAGAAUCUCUCCCAGCACCACUGUUGUUAAUGUUAUCCCCACCUCCGCCUUUUUUAACUUUUCCUGGUGAGCCAACCAUGUUGUGGAAUAAAUGGCUUCAGUGUUUUGAGGACUAUCUUGCAGAACUUGAUGAAAACAAGAUGCUUAAUUCAAAUAAGUGCGUGCUCUUACGAAAGUGUCUAGGCCAAGAAGGACAGCGAAUCUACUCAACACUAAUCCAGUGUGAAACCACGUAUGGCGCAGCCGUCUCUGCGCUGACUGUUUACUUCAACUCUCAGAUGCACCUGCUUAAAUUCCAGGAGAGAUCUCAGAGGCCUGGGGAGACUGUGGAGCAGUUUGUCUCUGCGUUGGAGGAACUAGCGAAGCCGUGCAACUAUGGAGACUUAAAAGACAAACUUAUCCUCAAUCAGCUGUUUGAGAAAACAAGCUGCAGACAACUCAGAGAGAGACUGUUGUUGGAGAAGGAAAGUCUGACCUUGACAACAGCGUUGGUUAUUGGUAAGGAGAUUGGAUCUUGUUUAAAGGAGCCUGGAUUACAUGAUACUUGUGAAGAGAAGAUUGAGGAAGAUUUAGACACUAAUGCUGUGAGAAAACAUGUGGAAAAUGGGACACAAUCAAACUCAUCUACAUACCAAGAUUAUAUUUCUGCUCAUACUCUCUGUUAUAGUGAUUAUGUUUCUGAACAGGAUGAGAGUGUUCUGGAAGGUGAUAAAGUUCUCGACAAAGGAAACUCUAACUGGACAUCGUGUAUGUUGGAAGAAGGAAACUGUGGAAAGGUUAAUGAUUAUGAUAAUGAGUUAUCAGUUUCAGACAUGCAAGAAGGUCACAUUUGUUCCAUCUGUUUUAAGAGCUUCAUAAAAGCAAACAAGCUUGCCAGACACAUGAGGACUCACACAAAGGAGAAACCAUUUAGUUGCCCGAUCUGUAGCACCACCUUCAGUCAGUCCUACCACAUGACCAGACACCUGAGGAACCAGCAUGGUGCAAGCCAGUAUGUCUGUCCUAAAUGUGGGGAAAGUUUUGGAAACCACCCAGAACUGCAGUUUCAUAAACGGAUUCAUAACUCCCAGGUACCGUCCUGCCCAGACUGUGAUGAAGUAUUCCAAGAUAGUGACAUGUUCUUCAAACACAUCAAGUUACACAGCGAAGACGUGACUAACCAGAGUGAAGCGCACAGUUCCCAACAAGACUGUGGAUUAAUAAUCCAACAGAAUGAAAAAUUGUGUAACAUGGAUGAUGAUGUGACUAAUGGUAAUGUUGGUGGAGAGGAUGAGCAGGUUGAUGCAGACUCUGGCCAUGAUGAUACUAGCAAUGGCGAGUUAGACAGUAUUACAGUGGAAGAUGAGGACUCUGAUGGAAGUGUUACUGAAAGGACUCUGACUUCAAGAAACAAAAAAAUGGGAUAUUUUUGUCCCAUUUGUGAAGAUCGGCGCUUCACAGUACCAUACAAGCUUGCCAGGCACAUGAGGAUGCACACAAAUGAGAAACCAUUCAGCUGUCCAGUCUGUGCUAUGGCCUUCAGUCAGUCCUACCACAUGACCAGACACCUAAGGAACCAACAUGACAUGGGUGACCAUAUCUGCUCUAACUGUGGGAAAGGUUUCAGUACCUUGUUGGAACUCAAAGCACAUAAGAAAACCCAUGCAGCCAAAGGACUGUCUUGCCCUGUUUGCAAUAGACAUUUCAAGGAGAGGACUUUAUUAGAUAGUCAUAUCAAAUCCCACUACAGUCUCCAGUCUGAUUCUCGCUGCCUCACCUGCACUGACUGUGGCAAAACAUUUCGUCGAAUGUACCAUUUAAAAAAGCACAUAUUAACCCACCGUAGGUCAGCGUACGGAACAUGUUUCGAGUGCUGUCAUUGUCCAAAGAAUUUUUCUCUCCCAGAAGAACUCAGGAAACACAUCAAGACUCAUGUGAUGGAAAGUAGUGGGAUUUGUCCAAAAUGUUCCCAGUCUUUCAGUAGUCCAGAAGAACUUCAGACCCACAUGGAGGUUCAUGAAAAGUCUCAUGUCUGCACCACAUGUAGCAAGAGCUUUAAAUUGGAGUAUGCACUGAAGAAGCAUGAGGAAAUACACAAAGAGGGCCAGUUUUAUUGUUCGUUAUGCAACAAGCAGUUCAUGCAUUGUUCAAACUACAAAAAUCACAUAAUAUCCCAUCAGAAGAAGGAGUCCAAAUGUCCACACUGCGACAGAAUUUUUCUGACUUUAACAGCUUUUAAAUGCCAUCUGCAGACACAUACUGAAGAAAGACCUUACAAGUGUCCUUGUUGUAUAGAAACCUUUGAGAAGAAGGAAGAUUUGGAUCUGCACUGUCUAAAACACAGAAAGUUUAAGAAAGCGAGGCCUUACUCUUGUACCCGGUGUGAUUACGCCUUUGCUACCCUCCCUGAUUUGACAGAGCACAUGAACUCACACGAGGGAGAGCUGCCACAAAAUUGCCCCUGCUGUCCAAAAACAUUUCUGAACAAGAGUAAGCUGGAGAAACACCUGAGCAUCCAUACAGGUGAAAGACCUCAUCUCUGUUCCCUCUGUGGUAAUGGCUUUGUAAAUGCCGCCAGCCUAAAGAUACACUUGCGCGUCCACACGGGAGAAAAACCGUUCCCCUGUUCCAAGUGUAGUAAGAGCUUCAGGACAUCCAGUGGGCUACGACUUCACAGCACACAGCAUAUGGCAGUGCAACCCAGAUACCAGUGUCCUGACUGCAGCAAGAGCUAUGGACGCAUGACAGAACUGAAGAAGCACCAGCGGUACCACACUGGGGAUAAACCAUACUCGUGCAACUGUUGUAAUAAACGCUUUAUCAGCAAAGACAAAGUCAUUGUUCAUAUGAGGGUCCACACAGGAGAGAGACCAUAUUCCUGCCCUCACUGUGGACAGAUGUUUAAACAGUUUGGUGACAGAAAUAGGCAUGUUAAUAAAUGCCACUACCACUCUUGGUUGAAGUGGAGGAAAAGCAACAGUAGCCUCUGCCUCACAAUGUGUGAAGUAACUAUGGAAGUGGACAAGGAAAUGGCAAAACAGGGAUCCUCCAUGGAAUCAUACCCAGAACCAGUACUGAUCAUAUUAUCCCCGCCACCGCCAUUUUUACCUUUCUCUGGUGAGAUGGCAAUGUCAUGGAAUAAAUGGCUUGAAUCUUUUGAACACUACCUUGGAGCCCUUGGUGAAAACAACCUUCCAGAUCCGAGUAAGUGUGUACUGUUACAAAACUGCCUCGGUCAAGAGGGACAGAAUGUCUACUCAACACUAAUACCAGGUGACACCACAUAUGCAGCAGCCGUCUCACAACUCACAGUUUAUUUCAACUCUCAGAUGCACUUGCUCCGGUUCCAGAAGAGAUCUCAGAGGCCUGGGGAGACCGUGGAGCAAUUUGUCUCUGCUUUGGAAGAACUGUCGAAGCCAUGCAACUAUGGAGACUUAAAAGACAAACUUAUCCUUAAUCAUUUGAUUGAGAAAACAAACUGCAGACAACUCAGGGACAGGUUGUCGUUAGAAAAGGACUCUCUAACGUUGGCGAAGGCGUUGGUUAUUGGUAAAGAGAUGGAAACACAUUUUAAGACUGAACCCGAAUUGCUUGAUAUUCACGAGGUAUGUGUGGACUUUGGAGACAAUUUAGACCUACCUGUUCCGAGAGUAGCAAAAAGGGGGCGCCCUCGUCGUGGGGAGAGUGGUGCAACACAAAAACGCUCGACUGGAACCCAAUUUAUUGGCAAAAAGAUGAGAUCUGGUUUAAAUGAAUCUGACAUGUUUGAUAUCCAUGAAGUAAGUGUGGAGAUUGGAGAUGGUUUAGACCCUCCGGUUCCAAGAGUGGCAAAAAGAGGCAGGCCUAGGCGCAGUGAACGUGGUCCAAAACAAAAACAUAUAGCUAGAACCCAAGUUACUGGUAAGGUUAGAUCUGCUUUAAAUGAAUCAGAAAUGUUGAGUACUCAUGAAGUAAGUGUGGAGAUUGGAGAUAGUUUAGAGCCUUCGGUUCCACGAGUUGUAAAAAAAAGAGGAAGGCCUCGACGUGGAGAAAGUAGGGCCACACAAAAGUGCUCGACUACAACCAAAGUUGCAAAUGUAGAGAAUGGAGAAAGAUUGGGCGCUCCAGUUCCAAGAGUGGCAAAAAAAAGAGGAAGGCCUCGGCGUGAAGAAAGUCUCGCAAAGCAAAAUAGUUUGACGACAAACAGAAUUAUCAAUAAGGUUGAAUCAGGUUCACUUGGUACUCAUGAAGUCAGUGGGCAAACUAAUAUAGGCCUGAGUGUUCCAAGAGUGGCUAAAAGAGGAAGGCCUCGGCGUGGUGAAAGUAAGAUAGACAGACAGCAGCUCUUAGCUAGAACUGAAAUUACUGAUAGAAACAUGGAAUCUGCAUUAAAUGAGACUGAAGUAAUUAACUUUCAUGGGGAAAGUUUGGAAUUGGGGGACAAUUUAAAAGCUACUGUUCCUCGGGUUGCAAAAAGAGGAAGGCCUCGUCGGGAGGAACGUGAUGUGCAACAAGAAACUCGCUCAUCUCGAAUCCCGUUCAGCUCAUCCCGACACAGUGACGACUACUAUUACAGUAAUGAUAAACUCUAUUAUAGUGACGAUCAGACGGCUGAAAGCAGUGAUGAGAGUAGUGUGGAAUGCAGUAAUGCUGAUGAUGAAAGAAAUUGUGAUUCGGCAACUACAUCUCUAAAGAUGAAAGAAGAGAUUUUGGGUACUGAUGAUGAGGAUGAUGAUGAAAAACAGUAUUUAAGUUCUCCAACAAAAUACAAGGGUCCUUUUUGUCCCAUUUGUAUUAAUAAACGCUUCAGAGACAAAAACAAACUUGCCAGACAUAUGAGGACGCAUACAAAGGAGAAGCCGUUCAUGUGCCCAAUCUGCAGUGCCUGUUUCAGUCAGUCCUACCACAUGACCAGACACCUACGGAACCAGCACGGUGCCGACCAGUAUGUCUGUUCUAAAUGUGGGGAAAGUUUUGAAAGCCAUUCAGACUUGCAGAGUCAUAAGCGAACCCAUAUCCAACGCUUUCUGUCAUGUUCAGUCUGUGAUGAAAAAUUCAUUGAUAAUGACAUAUUUGUAAACCAUGUAAAAUCACACAACAAAGAGCAGACCGACCAGAUUGAAGCACAGAGUUCGCAUCAGUGUGAUGGAGCAACCAUCAAAGAAAAAGAGCCGUCAAGUAAUGCUGACAACAAUCACGCUGACAGUUGCAGUAAUGGUGUAGAAGACGCACAGGCUAAUUCAGACUCUGGUAAAGAUGAUGCUCACGACAAAGACUCUGAAGCGAGUGUUGAAGAUAAGAAUGGUGAUGACUGUGUUCAAGACAAAGUUGGCUCAAAUGCCAAUUCAAAAGGGCAUUUCUGUCCCAUCUGCGUUGGCAGACGCUUCAGGGGGCCGAACAAGCUUGCAAGGCACAUGAGGAUGCACACAAAGGAGAAACCAUUCACCUGCCCGGUUUGUGCUGCAAACUUUAGCCAGUCCUACCACAUGAACAGGCACUUGAGGAACCAGCAUGGCAUGGCUGAAUAUAUCUGCUCCAAAUGUGGUCAGAGUUUUGGUACUUGGAUGGAACUGAAAGUGCACAAGAAGAUGCACGGAGUAAAGGGUCUGUUAUGCCCUACCUGUGAUAAAGAGUUUAAGGAGAUGAGUGAGUUAGACAGUCAUAUCGCGUCCCACUUCAAGGCCAAUUCUCCGAGUCUCAUCUGCAGUGACUGCGGCAAAAAAUUUGGUCGAAUGUACCACCUGAAAAGGCACGUGCUAACCCACUCUAAAUCAGCUGGUGAUGCAGCUUAUAAAUGCCCUCACUGUGCAAAGACCUUUGCCAAUUCAAGAGACCUUGCCAAACACAUGGACAUUCAUGAAAAAGUAAACAAUGGGAUUUGUCCAAAAUGUGGCCUAACCUUUAGCUUGAUAGAGGAACUGCAGACGCACAUGGAGAGUCAUGAAAAGUCUUACCCCUGCCCCACUUGUGGCAAGGUGUUUAAGGUGGAGUAUGCACUGAAGAAACAUGAGCAAGUGCACAAAGAGGGUCUGUUUUAUUGUUCCCUGUGCCACAAACAGUUCGCAAAGCUUUCUCACUACAAAAGACACGUCAGUGCCCACGAGAGACGGGAAUCCCGUUGUCCACACUGUGACACCGUCUUUCUCAAAUUAACGGCUUUUAAGUAUCAUUUGAGGACUCAUACUCAAGAGAGGCCACAUCAGUGCACGUGUUGUAUUGAAAGUUUCGAGAAGGAGGAAGAUCUGGACCAGCACUGCCUGAAACACAGGAAAUUUAAGAAGGAGAGGCCGUACUCUUGUACCCGGUGUGAUAAUGCUUUUGCUACACUCGUGGAAUUGACAGAGCAUAUGAGUUCGCAUGAGGGAGAACCACCAAUCGACUGCCCCGUCUGUGCCAGGAGUUUCCUGAACAAGAACAAGCUGGAAAAGCACUUGAGCAUCCACACAGGAGAAAGACCUCAUCUCUGUUCCAUCUGUGGCAAUGGGUUCUCCUGCGCCGCCAGCCUGAAGAUACAUGCACGCGUCCACACAGGAGAGAAACCUUUCCAGUGUUCCGAGUGCAGUAAGAGCUUCAGGACUCCCAGCGGGCUGCGGCUGCACAGCAGACAGCACAUGGCUGUCCAACCUAGGUUCCAGUGUCCUGAGUGUGGGAGAAGCUACGGGCGGAUGACAGAGCUGAGAAUGCACCAGCGCUACCACACGGGGGACAAACCGUACUCAUGCACAUGCUGCAACAAGAGCUUCAUCAGCAAGGACAAGCUCAAUGUCCACAUGAGGAAACACACAGGGGAGAGGCCAUAUUCUUGCCCGCAGUGUGGACAGUCAUUUACCCAAACUGGAGACAGGAACAGACACGUCGCCAAAUACCAUUAGAUUUUCUAGGCGCAGAACUACUUUGAAGCCUUUUGCGUUGCUUUUAAAAGACUGUUUCUUGUUUUGUUUGCCAGAUUUCUUGCUUGUAAUAAGUCCACAGCUGUUCACACGACCAUUCUGGAAGACACUUUUAAUUCAUCUCAGUGUAAUUUUCCACUGCUGGUUAAUUUCCUUUGGCUCAUUCAAGGAGGGAAAAUGUUACUUUGAGUAAUCCACAGAGAAAGAUUUGUGUUAUGUUCUACGUUGAUGAACUUGGCCACAGCUUAAAGUUGUCUUGACACUGAUGACCUUUGAGAUGAUCCAAAUCACAUCUGAAAUUAUGUAAAUUGUAUUUUGCUGAAUGCUAACAUACAAACAAAAAACCGAAAUGCGGCUGGUUGCUUAACAUGAUGGGAUCAUACAAAUGAGUUCCCUUAUAGUAAGUUUCAGUAAUUAUUCAUGUAGCUGUGUAACCUUCCUGGGUAGUCUUAGUGCAGUAGAUGCAGUGCGCGCUCCUAGACUUAGCCUGACCAAACAACAUAAUUACUCGCCAAGUUGCUACAAUGAUUUACUAAGUUUGGGUAGGUUGCAUGUACCUAUAGCUCAAACAUGUGCUUGCUGAAAUUGCUUGCGAGCAAAUAAUAUAUACUCGUAUGGAUUUUUAACGAUACCUAAACUCUUGGAUUUGUGACGUGAAGUAUUUGAGCAGGAUAUUCUGCUGCAGGACACCGACUGAAUCAAUGUCAUUAAGCUUUUUUGUCAUCCCCAUUUUACUAGACUAUAUAUAUAAAACUCACUUUUCCAGCCCCUGUUUGUGGAAAGUAAGAAAUGUACAGCAAACUAAAGGUGAGGUCUUGUUUACUUUUAGUUUUAUAGAACAUAAAUUGAGAAAAUAUAUCCUUGCUUGUAGGAAAUUAGGACAUUUAAAACAAAAGUGUGGCCUUACAUCACAAUUGGGUUGAAUACAUGUAUUUGAUGCUGUCUGAAGAAAAACAGAAAUAAGUUUCACAAAGCCAAUUCAUUCAUUGUGACUUUUGUGAAUGAUUCAUUAUCUUAUAACAAUUUUGUUUAUUCUGCUCGGAGUAUUUGAAUUUUUUUUCUCCUCUGGCCUAUUGGAUUCAAUGAUUGGUUGCCUGCUGUUAUGAAAAUGUAAACAAAAACACCAGUAACUGCGUCUGAAUAUAGUUUUGGAGUGAUCACUUUUUUUUUUUAUUCUUCUUUUAUGCUAAUCUGAUUUGUGCUUUAAAGGACAUAACAUAUUCUGAAUUGUCAAAUGGCAGCAUCUCUUUGAAAGGAAAGUGUUUUUGCUUUGUAAUAGUCUUUCAUAGGUUUAACAGCUCAUGAACUGAUUUUUUUUUUGACACCCAAAUUGUGAAAGGUCAGUAUUGUAGUAAACUUGUUUAUAUCUAACUUUUAUUAUUAAAAUUGGUAGGGCUGUAAUGUUAAACAUCAGAAUCAAUUCAGUUAACUUAUACAGUGACAAAACAAUAUAAUCCAGCUCAGGACACUACACACGAGCAAGGUUUAGACCUGUACUCACAGCGUGAGUAAAUACAUUGGCGAUGGUGGUAAGGAAAUACUGGUGGUACUCUCAGCGGGUUUAUAGAGAUACCUCAAGCAGAUCAGACUCAGUGGGAUGACGUAAUUCAUAUUUGAUACAAUAAAACUGCACAGAUAUGGAGAUGUGAGGAUCUGCUGUGGUCAUUUAAUGAGAUGUAACAAAAAGUACAAGAUUGACAAAAAUGUUGCAGCUAAACAACCAUAUACUACUGUAUAAUCCAGUGGACACAACAACGCGAUACUAGACAACAAUGAGGUGUAGAUUAAAUUUAGUGAAAUAGACUGCAUUAGUAGGUUGGUGAUGUAUUGAUGCUGGAUAAGGCAUUGAGUCAAAGGACUUCAUCCCUCAUGCCUACUCAGAUGUACUUUUAAGAUGCUCUAUCAUCCAGCAAUGGGAGUUCCACAGUUCAAAAUUCCAGUGUGAACUGCAUGCAUAUCGAUGCAAGUACAAACUCAUGCAUACAUUCAUUAAUACUGGUGCUCGUUCAGACACCCAGUCGCCAGCUCUUGGAUUAGCAGACCAACUCCUUAACUCCACUGGUAAAAAGUGCUCAUGCAUUGCAUGAGGUAAAACUGAAAUAGCUUGCUUUAGACUUGCGUGUCAUAUGUAGAUAUAUAGUCCAGAUAUACUUUGGGAGAAAGACUGAAAGCUUGUUUCUACCAAGAGAACUCUGGUUAAAGGGCCAUGAAAGGACCAUUUGUUCCACGAGCAAACCCAGUCCACAGUUCCAGUAGUUUGGAGUGGGUUGUCACCAAGCCCAAUGCCACCAAUGGACAAACAAUAAUAACGAGAUGAAGACAUGAAAUUAUUUUUAUAUAAAGAAAAUCAACACUUUGACCUGCCAGUAAAGUAGACGGUGUCUGCUUAGUCUCAAUUUCCCGGCUGUCGUCGUUCAGCAAGUGGUUCAUAAAGUUUCCCCACCCUGGUGCCAAUCUUUAAAAAUGUUUAAGAUUUACCUUUUUUAAUGUAUCUUUGCCAACACAUCAGCUAUUAUAACACACAACUCACUUUCCAUGUUGUGCCUUCAGACUUUGCCUAAAAUUCAAAGUUCAGUCAAAGAAAAUUGCUCAAAAGACAUUCUGCACUCUUGUUACAUUUUUUUUCUUUCUUUCUUUCUGAAAGAUGAGGAAGAAAAAUCCAAGCCCAUAAUGUGUUCUAAUCAGGGUUUGAUCCUUAAUUCCUGCUGUUUUCUGGUUCCUGAAUAGAUUUAAUCUUUUACAUUCUGCACCAAAUUCAUUUGGUCAGACUCCUCUGAGUUUGGUUCCUGAACCAGAAAGGAUCUGUUCUGUCUCGGCAGGAAUGGCCUAAAAUAUGUCACUUCUUCGGCAGGAGAGGGGGUGUGGCAAGGUGAUAUUUAAACGUUCAGUGUUGUGUCUGCAAACUUAAAUGUUAUUUUGUACAUCAGCCUCUAUUGCUGCCCAUUGCUAAAUGUUCUUAUUUUGUGUUGUACUGUGAGCUUAUGAACAAAUACGAGUAUAUUCUAAUGGACUGGGUUUGGGUCUCUUUACAGCCCCAGGCCACUUUGCAUUUAUGUAUGUUUCAUCCUGCAUCAUACAUACCCUACUUUUUUUUUUUCUUCAAAAUAAUAAUAAGAAGAAUAGCAAACUUUUUUCGAAAAUGUGAGCUUGUCAUAAUGAUUAAUAAACACUGUUUGCGGCAGUGUUGAAGUUAAUUAUCAAUAUUAAUGCUUUGUUCAGAUCAUCAUAAAUUGUAUGUUUUACUCUUAACAGCCCACAAGUUUCCUUAGACGUGUUUGUUAUGGUUUAAUCCUGCUAACAGACAAUCACAUAAACGGGCAAAAAUCUACCUCGUAAGCAGAGGUCAUGAGCUAAAACAAGCACAACCACUGGCGUAGUUUCAUUGGAGUAGUAAAAUGUUCAUUGAUUUCAUUCAAACUCUUUGUGAUGCUGCUUGCUGCAUCCAGCUGGUUUCACAGCCGAUCACUGUCAUUUACACAAAAGCUCUGCACGAGUCAGCAGGUUAAUCCUCGAGGCAUCAAACAAUCACUGAAGGACGCCAUCAGUCAUAGAUCCUUGCUGAGCUGCGCACCGUGUGUUGUUUUUCGUCAUUUAUUUACCAUCAGUAACAUUCUGACUAAAUUAUGUAGUCCUCGACAGCUACUGUCAUGUGGCAUCUUUCAAUCGAGGCGUCGUUUCUGUUGUUACGGAAACGAGCAUCAACUUAAAACUGCUUGCUUUUCUUACAAUUUAAGUUCAUGAAAUAAUAUAAUCAAGUUUUAUAUUUUUAACAAAUAUGAAGUUAGGUGUCUUGCAAAUUCUAAACACUGAACAAAUUUCAUUGCUUUGAACUAUAUAACAUGUAUAUAUUUGCCAUUUGUGUCAGUAUCUUCAAAUAAUAUUGUGGGACUGAAUUUAAGCAUGUUGCUCCUGUAAGUACUCGAAUACACUGGGACGUGACUAACUGUCCCCAAGUCAUUGUAAGAUUUUCAUUAUUUUUCUUUGUACCACACAUUCUGUUAUGCUAUUAUGUUUUUAUAUUUUGUGAAUUGGAUUGUUUCAUUUACGCAACACUAAAGAAUCAAUUUGUAGUUGUUUAGACAAGUACUAUAAUAAAAUGUAUUCCUUCAGCA